AUGACUUCACCUUUGGAAGUGCAAGAGAGUAACUUUGAAGAGCUGAUUAUCGUUCCAGAAGAGUAUUAAAACAAGCUUAAAUAAUUGUAGACUGUAUUUGAAUAAAUAUACCAAAAAUACCCAUUUAAGAAAAUAAGCAAAGAAGAUGAAGACAAUGAUUUGGAGCUAGGUGGUUAGUUUACUUACGGGGAAAUCGAAUUUGUUUCGUUGGGAGAAAUUUUUUAUUUGUUGAAAAAUAAGUAUGGAGUUUUAAAAGACUAAGGCAAAGAUAUAUUCUAUGAUUUGGGAUCUGGGUCAGGUAAACCCACAAUAGCUGCUGCCUUACUACAUUAAUUUAAAGCAACAAAUGGAAUUGAGCUACUUAAAAGUUUAGUUAGUGUAUCUAAUGAUGUCAAAUCAGAUAUUGAGAAGAAUUAGUAAGAAUUAUAGAAUAAAUUAAAUAAUAUUAAUGGCACAAGAAGUUGUUAAUAUCUUCAAAAUAUUAGCUUUUAAUCUUAAGAUUUUUUACAGUUUGAUUGGUCUGAUGCUGAUUUAGUGUUUGUUAAUGCUACUUGCUAUGAUCCUCCAUUUUUAUAAAAGUUAUAUGAAAAGAGUCUUAAAAUGAAAUAAAAUAGCAUAUUUAUUACUACAACAAGAAAGUUGCCAGUUUAAAACUAAACAUGGUAACUCCUCUGUUUUUUCAAAAGAAAAAUGGACUUUGGGAAUGCAACAAUUCAUAUUUAUUAAAAGUUAAUUUGA